GUGUAGCGCACAGACAGGCGGCAGCCCUCACAAAGUGAGAAGUUUUCGCCAAAGGAUUCUGUAUAAAAAAUUAAUCACCUUCAUGUCGACUCUGUUGGAUACUAACCCGCCGAUGCUAUGGUUACCUUUAUUACGGUCUUACAGGUGAAUCUAGUGAUGUCCAUCCUGCUGUAUGUCAUGGUCCUAGUGUACCUCUAUGGUAUCCAGGCAACCAACAUGGGCAGCAGUCACCAGGGUCAACAGCAGCAGCAGCCAAGUCCCGACCCUUUGAACUCUCUCAUAAUCCAGCUGCUUCAGGCUGACCUAACAAGGGGAAAGACCAGAGGGAACCAGAGCCAGCAGGGGAAAAGCAGAGACACUGAGUCGCAGGACACUCUGCCUCCUCUCCUGAGUGCAAACUUUCCUCUAGAGGAGCAAAGAGAUGCAGAGCAGUGGCUAGAAAGGGGUCAUGGUGGUGAUUUUCUGGUGGACCAGCCAGUGAUGCUGUUGAACUCUGACCUCCUCAGGCAGCACAAGCGGUACAACUCGCCGCGAGUGCUGCUGAGCGACCGGCCACCACUGCAGCCACCGCCGCUAUACCUCGCUGAUGAUUUUGUGAGCAGCGUGCCAGUCUUAGGGGCAGCAGGAAACAAGACACGAAAGAAGCGCCACACUGAGCACAAGAGCUACCGGGGGGAAUAUUCUGUUUGUGAUAGUGAAAGCCAAUGGGUGACAAAUAAAACGACAGCAGUGGACGUCAACGGACAGAAUGUGACCGUUCUGGCCAAGUUUAAAACCAGUGCCCCACAGGACUUCAAGCAGUACUUUUAUGAGACUCACUGUCGGACAUCCAAGCCUGUCAAGGAGGGCUGCAGGGGCAUCGACGACAAGAACUGGAACUCACAGUGCAAGACGACGCAGACGUAUGUUCGAGCACUGACGCAGUUUAAAAAUGUAGUGCGCUGGAGGUGGAUACGCAUAAACACUUCCUGUGUUUGCGCAUUGUCAAGGAAACGUCGCAGGACGUAAGGGACUUGUUUGGGCUUCUACUUACUGUAUAGGAUUUUACUUCCUGUUCACAGAGCUUCCCACCACAGGAUUAUGUGUCAUGUUGGUGAAAAGCAGCAAUCUGCUAUAAAGUGAUACUUCUACUGAAGAAACUUAGGUCCAUUUAAAUAAUAUUUCAACAUUAAUGUGCUGCUCCAAAUCCAAACGCUGGUGUGGCACUGCUCUCAUGGAGGAACUCACUUAAGAGGGGCUGGGGAGGGACGCAAUAAGUGUAUGAGAGAGAGAAGUGUAUAUAUAAAUUAUUUAAAUUAUAUGAAAUGCAUGUAGUUUAUACAUGUUUAUCUAUCUAUAUAUGACGUAUGUCUAUAUUUGUGUUAUUUAUUGAAAGAAGUCUUCUUCAUAAGGAUAAAAAUGUCUAUAAAAAGGAACAAAACAAUCUAGGAACUCAUUCUGAGACUGUAAUAUUGAGCUGGGCUGCAAAAGUGCUUCACAGUAAGACUUUACGUGUGCCUUGACCAAUGUGGCUGCAGUGCUGAGCAAUAGGACGCCGUAACUCACAGACAGCACUUGCUGGAAAUGGUUUGGUGGGUGAACCAAAAAAAAAAAUGACAGAACAGCAGGAACUUGUCCUGUCCUGCUGACCAAUAUGGAGCCCAAAUUCUUAGCAUUAGUGCUUUUACAAGCUAUAGAAAAUCAUAUGACCAAAACACUGAUUUGUGAUCAUAUACAUUUACACUGCAUUCACAAUUGACACUACGUUUAUGAUGUAAUGCACAGCAAGUCCAUUCUUUCAAAUGGGGAGACAAUCUUGACCAAUAAAAAAUCUUCUUGUGGAAUCUGCUGGCAGUGACUGGAGAGUCAAGAAAAUACAAGUGUUUGGUUUUUCACAGACCACCUUGGCUUUGUUCACCAAUUUUUACUCUCAACUGGUAUCUUGACCUGUUUUUGUUUCUUCCUUUUAAUAAAAACUUAUAUUUCUUAAAGUUGGAAAAUUUUCAUUAUUAAAGGCUAAUUUGAAAAUGGUUCCAAAGAUUAGAUUCCCUGGCCUAUACCAUAGCAUGUAUCUCUAAUAACAAAUACAGCCCCUUCCAAAACAAGCUGCAGACUAACAGAGCUAAUACCUAUAAUUUGCCAAAUAAGCAGACCUUCAACUGACUUCUAUUCUGUUAUGAAAAGGAGUUUAUUUAUUAGCAUCUAGCCAUUAGAUGUAAGCUUUGAUCUCUAAAUAGUGAUAAAUAAAAAAAAAAGAUUUAUUACGUUUUAAGUGUUCUAGUGAUUCAGUUCACUUUACAAUGCUAAUAAUCUCAUGACAGUUGUCAUCCUAAGGCGCUGCAAUAUUAAAGAGAGAUCAGAUGACUGAGUUUGGUGACUGUGGGGAGGAAGAUAUCCCUCCUAACAGGAAGAGACCUUUGGCAGUACCAGAGUCAGAGAGGCUGAGAGGAGAGAGAAGACAGAAAAAAAAAACAAAAAAAAACAACAGUUUUUGUAUUUUACAUUUUAUAUCCAUGAGUCAGAAAAUCAUUAAUUGAAGUUCAGACCAAAUAGAGUGUGAGGUUAAUUCAUGAAUGGUCGAAGAUGAACUCGUGAUCAUCUGUAUUUUCACACUAAAAAUACAUUUCAUUAAAAAAAACAAACAAAAAAACAAUGAAUUGUCUCAGGUAAAAAGAACUGUUGUUGUUGCCAAACCAUC